AUUUACAGCCUUGCGCUCGUUUCUCCAUUUUCUCUUGAUCUUCUUGGCAGUCAAGUCGCGACCAUGCCUGACCCCGCCAAGUCUGCCCCGGCCCCGAAGAAGGGCUCCAAGAAGGCGGUGACCAAGGCGCAGAAGAAGGACGGCAAGAAGCGCAAGCGCAGCCGCAAGGAGAGCUACUCCGUGUACGUGUACAAGGUGCUGAAGCAGGUCCACCCUGACACUGGCAUCUCGUCCAAGGCCAUGGGCAUCAUGAACUCGUUUGUCAACGAUAUCUUUGAGCGCAUCGCGGGUGAGGCGUCUCGCCUGGCGCAUUACAACAAGCGCUCGACGAUCACGUCCAGGGAGAUCCAGACGGCCGUGCGCCUGCUGCUGCCCGGGGAGCUGGCCAAGCACGCAGUGUCCGAGGGCACCAAGGCUGUUACCAAGUACACCAGCUCCAAAUGAGCCACUGUUGCAGAGCAAUCGGCCCGGCCCCAGCCACACCCCAAAGGCUCUUCUCAGAGCCACCCACUUUUCCGAAGAGAACUGGCACUCACUUUUCUUAACUGUCGAAUGAGGGAAUCUGCAGAUAAAAUUCAGGAGAGGAAGCUGGAAGAAGAUUUAGAGAGAUUGAAUUAAACCUAAACACUCUCCAGGCUCAAGAUAAAGAUUACAGAGGCUAUUGCUUAUUAAAAUUGCAUGCAGAG